AACGUACGAAUUAUUGUUUCUUUAAUUCGCGCUGAUUUCCCGCCUCUCUCUCUCUCAGCAUAUACAUACAGAAUUUACUACCACCGUGCUGCUGUGUACUAUCUAGGGCUUCUCACCGGACAACAUGAAACGAGGCAGAAAUCGGAGCAAACCAAUUGCGCCGCAAAAUCUGAUAUUGGAGGAAGUUAUUGGUUUAACUAUAAAAAAUGGGAAUGGAUUGUCGUCGAGCGUUUCAAGUUCGAAGUGCGCGUAUAUUGCCGGUUGUGUGGUGGUGCUGUACGAUGUCGUUUCGGGCACUCAAUCGCACCUAAUGGCGCCGAAUCGAGUUCCGAAACCAUUGAGCUGCGUCGCUUUAUCGAGCGACGCAGGGAUUGUUGCAGCAGGCGAGUCAGGUCAUCAACCUGCAGUAUUGGUAUGGAACUGUGAGACCUUAGCUUUCAUAUGUGAGUUCAAAUGCCACUCAUACAGCGUGGCAUGCAUGGCUCUGUCUGCUGAUGGCAAAUACGUGGUCUCUGCUGGAGUGCCUCGUGAUGGAUAUAUCUGUCUCUGGGAUUGGCAAAAUAAGGUUUUAGCCGCAAAAGUUAAAUCAUCUUCAGUUUCUUCUCCUAUUGCAUCUAUUGAGUUCUCAAUAGAUAGCAAAUUUAUUGUUGCUGCUGAGAAGAAUCAGCUGAAAAUCUGGAAAGUCAGAUGGUCACCUGUGUCUCGUAUGAGUACUAGAUCUGCGUUACUGACCUUGCUGAGGAAAGUUGAUCUUGGUCCAAAGGACUUGUCAUUUGUAGCUGUUACAUCUCCUAGCUGGAAGAGUAGUAGUAGUGCCAAUCAUAAUCAGGCUGCUGAGCCAAUUCCUUUCUAUGCAGUUACCAAUAAAGGAACUUUGUACAUGGUAUGCCCUGGCUCGCCGGUCAAUAAAUUGGUGGAGUUAGAGGUUGAGAAAUGUUAUGCAAUAUCGACAUCCACAAAUUUGAUUGCUUGCGCUUGCAAUAAUGGAGUUGUAAAACUAUUUGCCUCCCGCUCUCUUGAAUAUGCUGGUGGAUUAUGUUAUGAAACCAAAAGAUGCAAAGAGUCCAAUUCUGUAGAUUGCCAAGUAGAAAGUGGCCAAACUGAAUUUCAAAGUUUGCCUGCAUUUCCCGAUGCCAUUGCUUGCCAAUUUUCAACUUCAGAUAAGCUUGUGGUGGUUUAUAAUGACCAUAGCCUUUACGUAUGGGAUAUUAAUGAUAUACACAAGGCUACCAGGUGUUGUGUCCUCGUCUCACAUAGUGGAUGCAUAUGGGAUAUUAAAAAUGUUCCAUGUGAACAUCUGCACGAUCCAUCUCUGUCUUGUGUUGCUAAAGGUUGUUCUGGUGGAUUAUCUUUUGCAACAUGUUCAGCUGAUGGUAACAUUAGGUUGUGGGAUCUUGCGCUUCAAUCUGCCUUGUUAGACAGUAGUUUGUCUCUUCCUGGGAAUGGCAGCUCUGGUGGAGCCAUGUGUUUAGUGAGUGCUGGGAUCUUUGAACGCGACUCUGUUGCAAAAGAUAUUUCCUCUCAUGGGUUUAGGGCAAUGGCAGUUAGUUCAGAUGGACAGCACCUGGCAGCAGGUGAUUGCCAGGGAAACAUCCAUAUCUUUAAUUUACACAGUUCUGAUUAUAUUUUCAUUAAGGAUGCUCAUAGUGCAGAAGUUCUUUCCUUGAGUUUCAACUUGGCUGACAAGGAUGACAUUCCAUCCAGUGAAGCUUUAGAAAAUUGUCUCUUUCUUGCCUCAGCAGGACGGGAUGGACUCAUCCAUCUUUUCGAUGCUUCCAGGAACUUUAAUCUCCAUGGAAGUAUUGACUACCACUCAUCUGCCAUUACUGCAGUAAAAGUCGCCCAAAGUGGUCGUGAGAUUCUCAGUUGUGGUGCUGAUAGGUCCCUGGUUCUUCAUAGUCUGGAUGUGAGUGAUACAGGGUGUAAGAUUUCUUGCCUUCACAGAAUCGCAACUAAUGGAACCAUUUACGAUGUGGCUGUUGAUCAUCCAAUGAAUGUAGCAAUAACUGUGGGCGAAGAUAAGAAGAUAAAUGCAUUUGAUAUUCGAUCUGGAAAACUAAUUAGAUGGUUUCAGCAUGAUGGAGACAUUGGUGACCCAAUAAAGGUUACUGUUGAUGGAAGCGGCAGUUAUCUUGCCUGCUCUUAUUCUAAUAGAUGCAUCUACAUCUAUGACUAUGUGACUGGAGAGAUGGCUGCACAAGCCACAGGGCAUAGUGGUGUUGUUACAGGCAUCAUCUUUUUAUCCGACUGCUCACAUCUUGUGUCUGUUGGUUCCGAAGGUUGUAUCUUUGUCUGGAAGCUCCCCGCUCUUCUAUCUUCAAAAAUGUUGCAAAGAUCUAAGGGCAUUUCUGGUCAAUUUCCGCAGGAAAUCACAAAUCCUCCUGUGGCUUCUAAUCAGAUAAAUUCCAAUCAAGUGUUUGACCUCCUGCAAAAAAACCACAGCAAAGAGGCACUUGUAAAUGAAAAUCUUAGACACUGGUCCAGUGACAUGUUAUACCAAGAUGGAAAAGAUCUGGAGAAAGAAGGAUUUAGGUUCAGUGUAUCACGACUUCCGAAAUGGGCACAACAUCAAGUUACUGACAAUUCGGCACCCCCGGAUACAGAUCCUAAUUCAUCCAAGGUUGACUCACAACAAUAUUCUGCAUGUCAUCAAUCACAAAGUCUGUCUAAAGAUAAUGAAGAAGUUGGCCAUCUGUAUUCUGGAACCAUACCCAGAUGUUUCUCAGAGACUGAAAGCAGUGUAUCUCCAACACCUCCAGAAAGUUAUAGGGCAUCAAACACUCGCUGGUUAACCAUACAUACUGUUUGCAUGGAUUUUCUUGAUUCCCCCACAACCUGUGAUAUGAAGGGCCUAAAUGUGCAGGGAUCAAUAACGGACAGCAGAGGCAUGGCAGAAGGGCUGGUUACGGAGAAUACUCAUUCUAACAAGCGCAUCAAGCUCUCUUCUCGAGGAACCAACAUUGACACUAAUGUACACGAUGCCUCUUUGGACAGUUCAAGCUUUUCUAGUGGAACAGACGAAGAACAAAAGAUUUACAAAAUGAAUUUUGGGAACUUGUCUGCAGAGCUGAAGACAGAAAGGGGAAAAUCAUUGAGCAGGAGUAACUAUCCUUCUGGAUUCCUUGUGCGUAGAGAACUUCUUCAAGGCAGAAAGAGGUCUUUAUCUUUAUGCAUGCAUGCUCAAGAUUCCAUUGGUGGAUCCCCAAGAAAGGCUGAUUCCCCUUUUUUGCCAAAGAAAUCUAUAUCAUUAUCAUCCCUUGAGGAUGCUGGAAAUGCACUUGAUGUUGCCAAGGAGGCUGACUCGUCGUUGAACUUGAAAAUCGAUGAAGUUGGAGAAUCAGAAAUCAUGACAUCGUGUGAAGAAGCAUUGCGUAAUCUGGAAGCUGCAGCUGAGAAUGCACUGCAGUCAUUUUGCAAAUUAGCAAAUGUAGAUAUUGCAGAAGAGGAGUCGAGGAGGUUUGAACGACUUCAUACAAUAGAGAGAAAGGUUCAGGCUCUAGUGAAAUUACUGCAUCCAUCCAGCAAUGCCCAGUGCGAAAAAUGAGGUGAAUUUUUUCCAACCAGCUAGUUUCUUUAGGACUCUCUAAUACAAAACAUCGAUAUAAUGUUACUCACUUUUAUCUAUAAUCAAAUAAAUGGUUCUAUUAUCUUUUGCCUAA